UAUGCCGCCUUCCUCUGUGUUGUGUUUUCUGUUACUCGCAUCGCCAUCUUGUUGCGAGUCCAGUCAUGCAGUCGGAGGAGUUUCCGGGAGAUUUGUAGACUUUAUUUUUGUUUUUAAUGUUAUUAUAAUAUUACGGAUUAAAAUUACAGCUUUGUGCGCGUGAACACUCCGGUCAGCCCGCAUACACGUGACCUGCGGUGUGCGUGUGUAAAUAUAUAUAUACUAAUAUAUAUAUAUGUGUGUGUGUGUGUGUUUUAAAUACACUGUAUCCGCUCGGUGUACGAAAUGAGUAUUGAUACACUUCUGGAAGCGGCUCGAUACCUGGAGUGGCAAGCCCAGCAACAACAGAUUACACGUGAGGAGGAUGAGCGACAACAAAAGGCCCUCCUGUCCUGUCGAGCGCAACCCAAGCGUCCUGAAGUUCCUGCCUCACCCAUCCAGCCAGUGCAGGUCAACCACGUGAGCUGGAAUGAAGACGCAAGAAGAGAACCUCGCAACCACCAACCAUGCCCUCCAGCCCCAGCUCCUCCCCUGCCUCCACCCAUGCCCAUAACAGUAAUCCCAAUCCCUGUGGUUCCUGCUAACCCUGCAGCCUCAACGCUCCACACAGCCUCCACCAUACCAGUGGUGACUCCUCUGGCUACAGCUCUAUCCCCUCCAGGCGCACCUUUACUCAACCAUGUGGUGAAGGACACACACUCUCCGUUGCACCCGCAGCAUUUUCAGUACCUUCAGCAUCGCCCCCUGGUCACCCACGUGAAGGCAGAGGGCAGCACCUUGCCUCAGUCGGGCACCAGUCCCAAGCAGCACCCUCAGGCCCUGCUCCAGCCCUGCCCGGCACCUGUUAUCACCCCUCAGCAUGCCAUACUGGCCCAACCCACUCUGGCACAGAGUCAUAUAUCUCAUCCGGCCCGACCCAACGGCGCAGCGUUGGAGGACAACCGCGGUCUGGAUGGCAAGAGGCGCCCCGGAGGAGCAGGAACCAGGGAGGUGCACAAUAAGCUAGAAAAGAAUAGACGUGCACAUCUGAAGGAAUGCUUUGAGACCCUCAAGAGGAACGUCCCCAACGUGGACGAUAAGAAGACCUCCAAUCUGAGCGUGCUCCGAAGCGCCCUGCGCUACAUCCAGACUCUAAAGCGUAAGGAGAAGGAUUACGAGCACGAGAUGGAGAAGCUGGCGAGGGAGAAGAUCGCCACUCAGCAGAGGCUGGCUGAGCUGAAGAAAGAUCUGGGCCAGUGCAUGGACGUCUUGGAGAUCGAGCGCAUCCUCCGGCAGACGGUCCAACCUGAAGAUGACCAGGCUUCCACAUCAACAGCAUCAGAAGGCGAAGACAACUUCGAGCAGGACGCCGCAGACGGAGCGCGCUCCACGACCUUGAGAGGUCAGCCGGCACCGUCUGACCCCCGCUGUCCCAUACUUCCUCCUCUGUCCAUCCUGCCCUCUCACAUAGCCUUCCAGCACAAAGCCUCCACCCCUCCACACCCCCAGAACGCAGCCAUCGCCCCCCAGCCCAGCGUCAUAGCGCACGCCUCCGUCUCGCACGCCUCCGUCAUCCAGGCCGUCAAUCACGUGCUCCCGGCUUCUUCCAAAUCCAUCAGUCAUAUCACCGUGCACCCGGUGACCCUUUACCCGCAGACCGUGGCCGUCUCUCAGUCGUCUGUGCUGGGCCACAUCACGCAGACGCUGACCCAGCAGCCUCAGAGCCACAGCCAUGUGAACGGUGCUGCUGUGGCACAGCAGGGCACUAUUGUGGGAAAGCCCACGGCCGUAGUGGCCCAUCAUCACACAGGUCUCGUGGGGCAGGCCGUGCUCAACCCAGUGACUAUGGUGACCAUGCCGCCUUUUCCUGUCAGCACGCUUAAGCUAGCAUGAAACAUACAGGUGUAGGGCUUGUGAAGAACAUCUGGAUUGUCAGAAAAGAGCACAGGACUGUUAUCGUGCCGAGUGAAUCAAACGAGAAACACACGUGCGAACCUUAAAACCACGAGUUUUAUUCGCAGCGAGCGACGCAUCCAUUUCACUCCGUCUUAUGGGCGCAGCUCAGAAUAAUCGUCUCAGGCGUCGCUUUCUCACCCGGUCAACAGGAAAAAGAAUACGAAUACAAAAUCGCAGUUAGUGAGAACACAUGAUUUCCUGCAUUAUUAUUAUUAUUAUGAUGAUGAUGAUCAGAAACGAUUGCUCGUUAUCCGGCUGGCAUUCGAUAAUUCUCAAAUCUAGAAGUGCCUAAUCUGUGGUCUAAAUCCAAUGGCGCCCUCUGCUGUUUAAAACGCGGUCCAGCAGAGGCUUUUCCAUUAGUCACAAGGAUUAUUCGGUUUUCUUCAAUGCCAAACGUUGGCAGAGAAAACGAGGCCUUCAGAUAAAGACUUGGAUAAAGGAGUAGAAGACCGGCGCCCUCACUCGGCGUCCAGGAAAUCACCAGACAUAGCGUUCGUAACGUAGGCGUACAAUUUGACCCGUAAAGCGUAAAUUUCUUCCAUUACACUUGUGUUUGUUUGGCGAUAUUUACACCUCUUGAGAUUCUACAAGGCACUAGAUUUACUUCCACGGAUUAACUUUUCUACCUGGCAUAUGAAUGUCAAUAUAUGAACGCUUGUCCUUUUAGAUAAUUUUUUUCUCUUUUGCCUGACGCAUCGUCAUGUUUUCUUUGUAUGUGUGUGUAUGAGAGAGCUUCAUGAAGAUGUUCAUCAUCAUCACCUUAUACAUUACACUUUUAAAUUAAUUAACAUUUCUACCUACACAAUAGGAUGCUUUCUUCCCCACAUCCACGUACCAUAUAACACUCGUGACACUUUCCUCGUGUUGCUUCCUUGGGGUACCUUCCUGCCUUCUUUUUUUUUUUUUAAUAUAUAGUAAAUCCUUAAUAUUUUGUAGUUAUGCUUUUUUUUUAUUUAUUUUUUUUUACUAUAGAAUAAAAACUUUGCUGACGUACUAUCAGAUUUAACCAGAACACUGUGAUUCCCUGCUCGUCAAUUCGCCAGUCCUUCAAAAGAAAAAAAAAAAAAACUAUUCCACGUUUUUUAAUUUACACGCUGAGGUGAGAAGGCCACGUUCUUAUGUCCAAUUUAGAUGUGAAAGUCCCGUCAUGACCGUAAAGAGUGAACGAUACAUGCUGUGCUUUAUAUUUGGUAAAAAAAAAAAAAAAAAAAGAAUUCACUUACC